CCACUGGGUUUUCUUGACGUAACUCUCCAGAUCGCAGGGGCAUGAAGCCGGUAAAAUCAACGGUCUCCCGUCGAAAGGCUCGGACGGGCUGCCUGACCUGCAAAUCUCGACACGUCAAGUGUGAUGAGCGAAAGCCGGCCUGUCUGCGGUGCAUCGCCACCCAGCAGAUCUGCGAGGGCUACCGCGUUGUCCCUCCGUCCGUCUCUUCUCAGAAUGCCUUGAGCGACGAAGAACGGAGAGCAUUCGCUUUUUUCCGAUCCCGGACGGUUCCCAGGAUCCUGGGCCAGCAGGACGCGGAUGAUUGGGUUCCGGUCUUUUUCCAACUCGGCCAAAACGAAGACUCCGUGAAGCAUGCAAUCACAGCCCUGGCCUCUCUGCACGAGAGUCUUGAGCCUAGCAUGGCGUGUCCAAUGGUCCGCAGCUCCCCGAGGGCUGCUAGAGCUUCCGCACAAGUACUUGCGCUGAAAUACUAUACGCGAGCGAUAAAGUUGCUGAGGGUGGAGGCCCCCAAUAUGGUGUCGAACCCGGAUUUGAUGAUGAUUCUCUGCAUUCUUUUCAUCUGCUUCGAACAGCUUCGCAGUGGCGACGCUGCCUGUGUUUUGCACCUAACAGCUGGACUCAAACUCAUUCACUGGUGGAGGUCGAAUACUAACAGCUAUACCCAACUCAAGGGUUAUUCCCGACUCACGCUCGAGCUGAUGAAUGAGAGGAUCACCCCCAUCUUGCAGCGUCUGCGUGUCCAGUUCGCCCUUUGCAUGGACUCCCGGCAUACCCUUAAUAGCACCGGGGUGCCAUCCUCUCUACCACCUCCUACCAUCCUGUCCUCUUAUUCGUCGCUGGAUCUCGCACGGAAGGACUUCGACCGCGCUAUGAACUACGCUUUCUCCACCCUUGAAAACGACCCGAUCACAACCCCCCAACGGCCUUGUAUUAGCCCUAUCCUCAUCCUCCAACAGUGGAAAAAUGCCCUGGACGCCUCAACUUUUGCCACGGAAUCCUCCGCUCUCCAGACCUGUGUCCGCAAGCUCUUAGAACUCUACCAUCACGUUUUUCUCAUCAUUACCACCACAUACGGCACCCAGCGGGAAAGCGUGUUUGACCAGUACAUCCCGCAGUUCGAAGCAAUCGUCGACCUAGCCGAGCAGAUCACCGAAAUCUGGGCAAAUGCCUCCCAGCAAUUUAGUUUACUAUUCAGUUUCGAUCUCGGUAUCACGCCACCCAUGUUCCUCGUUGCGUCGCGCUGCCGCCACUCCCGAAUCCGACGCAGAGCUGUCAGCUUGAUGUUCCGGUCUCCUUUUUAUCAUGGCAUCUGGCGUGAUCAAUAUUCGGGGCUGUGCGCGCAACGCAUCAUUGAUAUUGAAGAACAGGACCUGGUCGUGGAGCCAGGGGAAGAGCUUAGUGUGUGUGUGCCGGAGCAUCGACGCAUCCGGAAGCUUUCAGCCGAUAUCCAAGAGGAGAACAGACGGAUUAUAAUGCAUUUUCUUCGACGGCCGCUUGAUUCAGACACUGAGGUUCUGACUACUUAUAUACCGUUAGAUACGGAAGCGACUUCGGGCUAUACGAUAAUUUAGAUUUGAAUAAUUGAAGGGUUUUUAUAUUGAGAAUUCUGUAGCUAG